UUCAUAAGUUGUGUGAGUGUGACCAUACACGUAUCGCACCUACACUCGCCUUUGCAAAAAAAAAGUAAACAAUAAAGAAUUUAUUAAAAAUAGCAAAAAUUCAGGAUGCGCAUCAUAAAUUGCCGCAUUUGCUCCGGAGCAGAAGCACCAAUUAACGUUUUUGACCCUGCAAAUAGUCAUGUGGUUCGUCAAAUUCAUUCCAUUACUGGGGUUGAGCUAGUUUGCAAAAAAGAAAUAUCCAGCCACAUGUGUAUGGUUUGCUUGGGCGAUUUGGAUGCAGCUAUUAAAUUCCGCCAGCGCUGCAUCAUUUCCGAGAAGCAGAAUCUGGAGAAGAUUGAGCCCACCAGCAAUGACGGCCCAAAAGAACCCACCAAGCAUGAAGAUAUUGAUGAUAACCAAAUCGAGCUUGCAUUAGAUGAAUCCAUUUUGAUUCCUGAAAUCAAAGAGCUUCCAAAGACUGCUGAAAAAGUCAAAACACCAAUAAUUUCGAAGCACCCAAUACGAGAUCGUAGAACUGGUCCAUAUAUUUGCGAAGAUUGCGGAAAAUCCAUUAACAACAGGACAAACUUUCAAGAGCACAAGCUCAGGCACACAGGCAUUAAAAACUUUCACUGUCUUUUUGGGGAUUGCGGGAAGAGCUUCGCCACUCGGAAAGAGCUGACGCGCCACAACCGCAGCCACACGGGCGAGCAGCCUUACGUGUGCAUGUAUUGUCCACGUCGGUUCUCCGAUACGAGUGCGCGCCAGGAGCACCACCGGCGCCACCGGAAUGAGCGACGUUUUCAGUGCGACAUCUGUGAGAAGAGUUUUGUAAGCUCCGGAUGUCUCGGCAAGCACAAGAUGACUCAUGGCGCCAUUCGGAAGCAUUACUGCUACGUUUGUCAGAAGCACUUCCAGCGGAUCUCCCAACUGAUGACCCACUUCGCCAGCAACGUUCAUAAGGAGAAAGCCCAACAGGCCAUUGAAAAGGACUCCUCGGGCGAGGACUUGCAGCUCGAUUGCACUGAAGGGCGUUCCUGGCUAAGACUGCGUGGAUGUCCGGAGCCAGAGCCGCGUGGUCGUCCGCGUCCGCGUUUACCCAUCCGCGAUUUUCGCGCCUUGGGCUUGCGGCAGCGUUCGGUCGUUCUCGUCAAGUUCAUCCACCACAUUGGAGAUAUCAAAGGGCUGAGUGGUUUCCGCAACGCCAUCCUCCAGUCGCUCCUCCAUCAUGUUCUCCAUCUCGAUGUCCUCCUCCACGCCAUCGAUGAAGUCGUUUGCCGACUCGUAGAUGUACUCGAUGUGAUCCGCAACUAUGUGUGGCACCUCCGGCACCAGCUGGAAAAUCAGAGCGGGAUUAGUGGCGGAGUUUGGGACACAGGUGCACCUUCCACCACAUGUACCUUGAUGCUGCCCACUUCCUCAAUCUUGCGCACCAGUUCCCGGCACUGUGCGUCCUCGUCGUCAAACAGUGGAGCCAUUGCCUCCGAGUUGAUGUCCUCUGUCAAGCAGAUCCUGCACAGCAUGUACUCGGGCAUGAUUUUGCUUAUCUUGGCCCUCCCGUAUCUCUGGCAUUUGAAUCGGAAUUUGUCGGAUAUCAAGGAAGAAUUCCUGGAGCAUACAAUGGAAAUCAGUAUUAAGUGGAGCAUGUGCCGCACUUGCACCGCCAAGAAAGGCUCAACGCUCCAGCCUCUCUUUCAAUCCGAAGCCCAUAAGCAGUUGGUCUUAUAUGCCGGCAUAGUUAUCGAACCGGAUGAUGGAUUGCCAGAUCAGAUUUGCUCGGAUUGUGUGGACAGACUGGAGCAGGUGGACCGAUUCCUAAGCGAAUGCAAAAGAUCUGAUGAGCACCUAAGAGCCCUCGUCCGCCAAACAAUGUCCUCGGCAGCUGCUUUUCAGGCCAAUAAAAACCAUGAUCCGCCUGCUAGCCAGAGAAAGCGUGCCAGGAAGCAGAACAUUUCAGAGAGAAUAAUGGAAGAAAAGCCAUGCAUCAUCAAGACUGACGAGAGUCCCGCAGAACCAAAGGAAAUACAAGCCAAAGCAGUCCAAUUUGUACCUAAAAUGAAAUCCCAAUCCCCAGAGGAAACAGGGGAUUUCGUAUUCGUCUUAAACGUCAAUACGAAUGACGAGAAAUCCACAAGCCUGGAAGACUACAACAUUCGUGAUUUAGUCAAGGAUUCUAUGGAAGAUAAUGACUUGGAAAGUUCAUCGCAGGACGGCACCCUCGUUAUAGAUAGCAUGGAGGACCCCAGUGAGGAGUCCCAAAAGUCGGAGCCAGUCGUCGAAUACGAUGUAGAUCUAGGCGUGGCCUGUGAGCCGGACAAGUACAGAUGCAAAAUCUGCAGCAAUACUUACGGUCACCUCUCACAGCUCAAAGUUCACAUGACAUUUCACCGCGAUGAGAAGGGCCACGAGUGCGAGGUUUGCCAAAAGACAUUCAGGGCGGCCUGCAACCUGAAAACUCAUAUGCGAACACACACGGGCGAAAAGCCCUACAAAUGUUCAUAUUGCUCUCGCCGAUUUGCUGAUUGCAGCACUCAUCGCAAACACGAACGCAUGCACACGAACGAACGGCCCUAUGCUUGCAACAUUUGCGGAAAAACCUUUUCACUUUCAACCUCUCGCAAGGCCCACUACCUUCUGCACAGUUCUGACAAGCCGCACAAGUGCCACUCUUGCGACAAGGCUUUUCGCCUAAAACACCAGCUCACGGCGCACAUGAAGACAAAUGCUCACUAUCUGGGUGUGACAUCAGUUAUCCAGGAUAGCGACCUUAUGGAAUAGCUAAUAAAAAUAAAUAUAAAUUUA